AUGGAGGAUGGUAGAAUGGAAGGGUGGUUGUAUCUCAUUCGUUCCAAUCGGUUUGGCUUGCAAUACUCGCGGAAGCGAUUCUUUGUUCUUCAAGAUCACCUUCUCAAGAGCUUCAAAUCAGAACCGCUUUCAAAGAACGAGGAUCCUAUUAGAAGUGCAAUUAUAGAUUCCUGCAUUCGGGUGACUGACAAUGGCAGAGAGAGCAUUCAGCGAAAAGUCUUCUUCAUUUUUACGCUUCACAAUACUUCUAACAACAAUGAUCACCUGAAGUUUGGAGCAAGCAGUCCAGAAGAAGCUGCAAGAUGGAUUCAGUCCUUUCAUGAAGCAGCUUUAAAGGCGGACCUGAACUCAAAAGAUAUUGUGGAUUGUUCGAAGCGUGAAUGGCAAUCUGUGAGCAGAGUACGUCAUGCAAACUCCAUAGAUUGGACUCUUUGUUCAUCCUCACUCACAGAUCCAAUGGCAUCUGAUGUCAUCGCUCCUUCACCUUGGACAAUAUUUGGUUGUCAGAAUGGUCUCCGUCUGUUUAAAGAAGCAAAAGAUAGGGAAUGUUAUGGGAAGUGGGAUGAUCAUCCUGCAAUAAUGGCUGUGGGUGUGGUGGAUGGAACUUCAGAGGACGUUUUCCAAACGCUUAUAUCUCUUGGUCCUUCAAGAUCGGAAUGGGACUUCUGUUUCUUCAAGGGUAGUGUGAUUGAGCAUCUUGAUGGUCAUACCGACAUUGUUCACAAGCUUUUGUAUGGCGAUUGGCUACCUUGGGGAAUGAAACAAAGAGAUCUACUUUUGCGGCGUUAUUGGAGAAGAGAGGAUGAUGGAACAUAUGUUAUUCUGUACCACUCCGUGUUUCACAAGAGAUGUCCACCUCAGAAGGGCUAUGUUCGUGCGUGCCUUAAAAGUGGAGGGUAUGUCAUAUCUCCAGUGAAUCGUGGGAAGCAAUCAGUUGUAAAGCACAUGCUUGCUAUUGAUUGGAAAUCCUGGAAAUCUUAUCUACAGAAGUCUUCAGCUCAAUCUAUUACAAUACGCAUGCUAGGGAGACUUGCUGCAUUACGGGAGUUAUUUAGAGCAAAAACAGGAGAUUACUCAUCCUCUGAUUUUUCAUCUGGUGAGUUGUUGAGGGAUAGUAGAUUACGUCAAAGUGACAAAAAUAUUAAGGUUGAAGUUCAAACAAGGGGUGGAAUAGCUAAGGAAGAUAUGGAGGAAGAAGAAGUUGUUAAAACGCCUUCAGAAUAUGCGAGCCUUGUAGGACUGAAUGAUGCAGCANAGGAUAUGGAGGAAGAAGUUGUUAAAACGCCUUCAGAAUAUGCGAGCCUUGUAGGACUGAAUGAUGCNAAGAUAUGGAGGAAGAAGAAGUUGUUAAAACGCCUUCAGAAUAUGCGAGCCUUGUAG